CAACUAAACAAAUAAAAAAUGAAAAAUAAAGUCCAUUGCAUCUGCAGAGCCCGAGACAAAGAAAUUCCCAGAUGGCGGAAUUGCCCGAAAUCGUGGCCUCGAGCUCCACUUCUUCCGGUCGUGAUAAAUCAUUUGAAGAAAUGGACUCUCUCAACAAGCAAACGCAGGUACCAGCAUUACGUGGCUUACAAUCAGCAAAUGGUGACGUUCAGAAGUUCCCAUUCAUGUACCCUGCACUUGUUCCUCAGUUAUUCUCCCAGCAGGACCAGGAACAGAUGAAUCGUGGACCUGGCCUUUACGCUGUUCCCGUUCUACCAUUCGCACAGCCUAUCUCUGGAUUUCCAUCCAAUACACUCAUUCCAUUUACCUACAAUUUACCUGUUGAACGCAGUUCUUCGGAGACUGGAGCAGUUGGUGAUGUGCAAGGACAAGUAGGUGAGCAACCACACCAGCAACAACAACAGCCUGGACCCCAGAGAGAAGUUAUUGUGCGAAGAUUUCAAAUUGUAUUUCAUCUUGAUGUAGCACUUAUCGUAAAGCUGGUGGCUGUGAUUUUCUUGUUUAGCCAAGAUGGAUCAAGAGAAAGGCUUACUCUCCUUGUGUUUUUUGCUUUACUUAUCUAUUUAUAUCAAACUGGAGUUCUUGCACCGUUAGUACGAUGGCUUUCACAAGGAAUGCAUAGGGCAGCCCCACCUCGCCGACCACUCAAUCCAGCCGCUAGGCCAUUUGUUCCUGCUGCUCAAAGGGAAGCAAAUGAAAUUGCUGCUGCUGCUGCAGGUGGGCAACCUGAAGGUCAGAAUGAGAAUCCACAAGUCAACGAUGCAAAUAGGGCAGUUGAGAAUGAGCAUGAAGUGGAACAUGCAGAAGGUGAGGUUGGGAACCACCGCUGGUGGGGAAUUGUGAAGGAGAUCCAAAUGAUCGUUUUUGGGUUUAUCACUUCACUUCUUCCGGGCUUUCACAACAUAGAUUAGACAGUAAAAAGAUAUCAGGCUUGUUAUCUGUGGGAUCAACCCGGGCACUGAGAAAGAAGCGUGGUUAGAGAAAUUCUUUAGUGUUCUCAAGAUUAUGGUUUUAACACUCUAUAUCUCUUGCUAUGAUACAAGGAUAAAUCAACUUACAUGGAUCUGGAAAGGAAUUCUUUAUGCAAUUUGGUUUUUGAGGCCUGUGUUAGUAAUAUGACGUUAUAUAUUGCUAUUUGAUACUGGGGAAUUUAUCAGUAUUUGGGAUUAAUUAUAUUUUUAUUUCUUCA